UUCGUGUACUCGAGACUAUUCGUCAAGGGAGAUCACUCUUUAAAUAAACUCUUCGGUGUAAAGGAAGUAAAGUUGGAGGACAUUCAGUUUUAUCAUGAAGCCAUAUUUUCUUGUUACCCUUGUAUUAAUAUGUGGGUGGUUGACAACUUGUCAAACAGCAGCCAAUCAACAUGAUGCUGAUGUAGAUGAUAAUGAGUUUGCUGAAUUUGAAGAGUUUGAUGAUGAAGAAGAAACAACAACUGUUAAAUCUCAUCCAGAAUCUACUAAAGAAAGAAAGGUUGAUAUAAAAACAGAAGAUGUUGUUAGUAAAGAUGAAAUAGAAGAAGAAGAUGAUGAUGGCGUGGUUGAGGCAGAGGAUGAUGAAUUUGAACAUCUACAAGAUGAAGAAGAGUUUGAAGGAUUUGAUAAAGAACGAGGAAGUAGCCCUAAAACAAAAGGGUCAGAGAAAUUACCUGAUUUAGAAAUAGCCAAGGUUCCACUUCAUCUUCGUACAAACUGGGAUAGUUUUUAUGUGGAGAUGUUAAUGAUUGCUGGACUUGGUGUUUAUUUUCUGAAUUUUUUGGCUGGAAAGACAAAGAAUAGUAAAUUAGCUCAAUCAUGGCUUGGAGCUCAUAAAGAAUUACUUGAUAGCAACUUUUCUAUUGUUGGUGAUGAUGGAACACAAAAAGAAGCUACAUCUGGUACUUUGAUGAAAGAAUCAGAGAAUGUAUAUGCUCUGUGGUGUAGUGGUCGUGCUCAUGUUGAAGGAAUGCUGGUCGAGUUAAAACUAUUAAAACGUCAAGAUUUAAUCAACGUUAUGUUGAGGAUGUUCAAGCCAGCAUCUGACCAAAUAAUUAUAACGGUUGAUAUGGACAAAUCUUCUAUGGAUCGCUUUGUUUUUGCUGUUGCUCAGAAAAAAUCUGCUCUUAGACUUCAUAAAGAUAUGAAUGAUUUGAGUCAGUUUGCAGAGAAGAAGAAUGUAGAUAGAUAUGAAAUACCUUCAAGUUAUCAAAUAUUAAGUGAAAUAGGAGAAGCUAAUCAGACAUUACUGGAUAAAAAGGUGUGUCAGGUGUUGACUAAAUACGAAGGGUUAAUUGAAUAUAUUCACUUCUCGGAUCAGUAUUCUGGUGUGAAAAGUCAAGAAGAAACACAGAGUAAACUUCCUGAAACUAAAGCUGUUCUACUAUUCUGUUUUAAUGUUCCUGAUAAAGGUAAAACACGACCUUCGGACAUGGAAUUUGUGAAACCACUUUUACAGUUUGUAUUUUACUGCAUAGAUAAAGUAUCUAGAUUACAACUCGGAAAAGAAGCUAGGGGAAAAGCUGAUAAAAAUCGUCAAAAAGCUGAAGAGGUCUUCCUUAAAUCAAUCCAUUCCCAGAGACAAGAGGCAGCACAGUCCCGACGUGAAGAGAAAAGGCGAGCAGAGAAAGAUAGACUAAUGAAUGAAGAGGAUCCAGAAAAGGCUAGAAAAUUAGAGGAUAAGGAAGCUAAAAGAGAAUUGAAACGUAAAAUACCUAAAGUUAAAAUGAUGAAGGUCGGCUAAUUUAAACCUCAAGAAUGAAGCCAAUAACUACCAUCAGAAACAUAUUUGUAUCAUGAUAUUAAAUGUACAUGUAUGUUGUGUCAAUUUUUUUUUACCAAACCAAAUCAUUGUCUUGUCAUUAUAAGGAAUCAUAUUUGUUCUCUCUCAUUUUAUCAGGCCAGUUUUAUUUAGAUCACAAAGUCUGUUACAAAUUGAGAAUUUAAUUUGAAAACCCAUCGGUACCUUUAGGCUAGUUUCCCUACUGUCGUGUGAUGUGUUACAAUAGGAUUGUCUCUAUUGAGUCCACGAUCUGGUAAGUGCAGAUAUGUUUGGACUAGGUUCCCGCAAUCAUGUGAUGCUUUACCAUAAAAUUGUCUCUAUUGAGUCCACAUGCAGAUAUGUUUGGAUGCGUUUCGGUAUGAUCAACACAACAUCUACGACUGACCUCAAUAUAUGAUAAGACCUGAUCGAAUCACCAUGAUUAAAAUGACGAUUUUAAUCCAGUACGAAUCAUGAUAGUGGGAACCUAGCAUUAAACAACAAAUAUUUUUUAGACAUAAUUACAAAUUUUAUAUGCAAGUUAAAAGAUAUAUUGAUCGACCCACAAAUAUCUAUGUCUACGCAUUUUCUUUUUUAAAAAGAUUAUUAUUUGAAUAUAAAUAUUUAUUUUGUGUUGUUUUAAUGUGUAAUAUUCAUAUUGAUCAGUUUUUGUCCAUAUUAUCAUUAAAACCUUUUAUAUUAUGCAAAUUGUUGCUUUAUUUCACCUGGUAGACGGAACUUAUAACAAUCACAAUUAUUGAUAUUUUUUAUUUGCUGAGAUAAAUCCAAAAGGGUUAAAUAUUGUUUUAAGGCUGGCAGUGUUAAUGGAAAAUAGUUUUUGUUCACUUUCACUCGAUCAUCAAAAUGUCACUGGAAAAGGCCAUUUCAACGUUAUAUUUUUACAAUGUAGUUAGUAGUAAUUACCAUUAUGUUUUAACAACCAUGAUUAUAAAGGCCUUGGAAUUAUCUUUUGGGGGAUGAGGGGUAGACAUAGGAGUAUAAAUUAAGUUAAAACAAGACAUUGUCAUAGAAAUAUUCUGGCAAGAUCCAUCCCUCCAACAAACUGUAGUAGAAUUCUCUCCUGCAGCAAACUCAUGCAUAAUUCUCCCCUUCAACAAAUAUUAGCUCCUUCACUCAAACUCUGGUCUCCGCUUAUUCAGCAUUCUCUUGAAAAAUUCUCCUCUCUAACAAACUGUGGCAAUUUCCAACUCCAGCAAGUUAAUAAAAUCCUCUCCCUGUGCAGUCUCUGGCAAAAUCCGCUCUUUCAGCUGCCCCUUUUAACAAACUGUGGCAGCAUCCUUUCCAGCAAAUCCCAAUCAAAAGGGUAUUAUAUGCCUAAUGUAUAUACAUUUAUAACGCUGAAAGGUUACGAUAUAUUGAUCUUGAACAUUCAACUUAUUUAUCACUUAUAUCUUUUAUUUGAAAAAUUACCAAUUGUUUGCAUUGUAAAGUGAUUGUACUUGUUUUGUUUGUUUUUUUAGGUACAAAGUGAAAUUAAUUGUACAUUAAAUUAGAUUUAUCAUUUUGUAUUUAUGUCUGUACAUGUAAUGAAAUAUUGAAUGAGUAAUUGUUUAAUAAAUAAAUUAGUCCUUAUUUUAA